AUGAACCGCAUCACAUCCCAAAUCUCACGAAUACGUACAUCCCUACCACCACAUCCAUCACGAUCAUCCCAUCUAUCAAACAUCAGAUCCAACAUCAUAUCACCACCAUCGGCAACCGCAGGUGAAAAGGCCAUUCACGAAAAGCUGCUAAAGGCGUUCCAGCCGACUAAAUUGGCUGUUAAUGAUGUGUCUGGCGGUUGUGGAAGCAUGUAUGCUGUGCUAGUCGCGUCGCCCAAAUUCAAGGGUGUGUCGCUAGUCAAGCAGCAUAGAAUGGUUACUGAGGCUCUUCAGGCUGACAUUAAAGAGAUGCAUGGGAUACAGAUCAAGACAGAAGCAUCAUCAUAA